AUGGCGGACCCGAGCUCCAGCUCCAGCUCCAGCCGCAGACUCAGAGAGGAGAGGCCGACUCUCCGCGCUGCUCCGCCGCUUCACCUGCUUCAAUCACCGGCUGCACCUCUUCGUUGUGCAGAGGAUGUGACCCGCAGGUUAGCGGAGACCCUGCCGUGGGAUGGUCGGAGCAGGGAGCGCUGGGUCCUGGAUCUGGAGAGGCUGAAGGAGGAGCUUCAGUCCGCCGUGCAUUUCAUUCUCCAACCCCUCAGAGCCGUUUCCAGCUACCAUCACUUCUUCAACAAGGCCAACAGCUGGUACAGUCUGGUCCUCUGUGAGAACAUCCUUCAGGAGCUGCUGUCAGGAGUUGAUACAGCAGGUGUUCCUACAGAGCAGCACAGGAGGAUGACCUGGGAGAAGAUCAAACUGAGCAAACUGUCCACUUUCCUAAAGAAGAAUCCUCCACCGGAUACAGAGGAGCUGGUUCAUCUGGCUCAUCUGUCUAAUGUUGUCCCAGGUGAUGCAAUCCAGCAGGCCGGGAGGCAGAUGUCUCAGCGGUGCAUGACCCUGAGGAGCCUUUUAACUUCUUCAGGACCUGUCAACGUGGGUCACCUCCAGCUGGCUCUACAGUGGCAAUAUGAGUUGUUGCGGAGCAGCCAUGUAAAUCAGUUCCAUGCGCACAGUGCAACAAAUGGAACCACCAAAGAGUUAGAAGACAGUCUUUUGGAAUCCAACCUCACUAAAUGUGAGGGAGAUUUCAACUUAAAGAUCAAAAUGAAGCUCUCGGCUGCACAUCCAAGUAAUGUUUGGUUAAGUUUGCCAGCAGAGGAUCUGGAAAACUCGGACACUGUAAUUAUCACGCACAGCCCCACAACCCAGAAGAUGGACCACUGCACCAAUGGCACCCACUGCAACAGUUCCCCUGUUCAACCCACAAAGACUAAGGCGUCCGGGCCACGGAGCAGGGACUGGAUACAACAUUCUCAGAGCAGUUUGGAUGAUCCUGGAUUAAGUCCCAUCCGAAAUGUACUCUCCAGCACUAUUACAGAUAAAAGAGACGAGUCCACCUCCACCACAGAGGGGAUUCCCAGUCUUCUCUGGGAUUCUUACGACCUUCAUGACCACAAUCAGGAUACUGUGGAUGGGCACAACCUUUGGUCACUAUGGAGCAGUGAGGACCAGUUUGGUGUGAUGUCGUUCAGUGGGUUAACUGAAGCUGAUGUUCUUGGCCUUGAAGACGACCUUGAUCCGGAAGAGUAUGACAACCUCAAGGAAGCCAGAUCAACUGGAUCUGCAAGUGAAACAAGGGUUUCUGAAGAUGAUGGACACUGCAAUGAAGCUUCAACAGAAGCAGCAGCAUUUCACAGUUGGCUUGACCUGCUGACGGAGCUGAGGCUUGUCUACAUUCUGGACAAGGAGAUCAUGGAGGAGCACCUGAAGACCUUUGAGAUCCCUUGCACUGAAGAAACCCACAAUGAGGAACUAUGUGAGAGGUCUUCAGGUAAAUCAUUAAGUGUGAGCAAAGAGAAGGAGCUUUUCUGGUUACUACUGGAAAAGGAGAAAAAGAAGGUGAAGCUUGAGAUGACGUUUGAUAAAAAGUGUAAAGUGAAGAAGCACAAGGACAAAGUUGGAGCAGAUUUGGUUCCUGGUGCUGUCACAGAGGCUACAGGCUCUUGCUUUGAGGAUGAUCCAUCUGGGUGUAAUCGAACUACCUUAAAUGGUAUCUCUGAUUUAAAGCUACCUGCUACCAAACUUCUGGAAUGUGUCUAUUGGAAAGAUUUGGACAGAUCUGGUGAAGAUGCGACCGUAUGCAAACCAGAAGCCUCUUUAAUCCCUGACACGUGGCCAGAUGAUGGCGUGUUUGAUCCUGGUGGAGAAUCAAUUCAUCCUCCAAUGCCAAGACAAGCUUUACUUCCUAUGAACAACAACAACCUUACAGAGCUUGAAUCUCUUUGUUCCACAGAGCUGGUGACUCCAGCUCUGUCUUCAGUACCUCAUGAUCCUGGUUUUGUGCAACUUGAUCUACAAGAUGAAUCAAUUAAAUCUCAACAAGAGAAUGUAACUCCAGCCAUCAGUUGCCACUUCAAGGAUGCGUCUGAAAUAACAACCAGAAGUGAUGAGGGAGCACCAAUCAUGGAAAUACGGACUUCAUCUCUUAGUGAUUCGUUCCCAGUUGAACUGUCGGCACCACAGCUGCUUCCUGACCAGUCCCUGGAGUUGGACCCUGGUGGAAGAGAUGACCAGACUGAACGCCUGCCCGAUGGUGUUCUGGCCCCGUCUAACGUCGACGUUAGAAAGAUUUUGGAUUCGUAUUUUGGUCGGAGAAUACUCUGCUGCCUGGCCUGCACAGGUCUGAUGAAGAGGGGAGUGUUCGUCUCACCAGUGGGGGAAUGGUGUUGGCCGACCUGUCCAUCUCCACCAGGCAGGAAGAAACUGCAGAACAUAUCCUGCGUAACGACUUGGUCCGAUCAGACUACAACACGGACAAUCUUGACCGAAAAAGACUCCGCCGUCGGCCAGCCGCACGUAUUCGCUAUUUGA